CCAGGAUGACGCACAAGAAGCCGCCGGCCGAGGGCUCGCAGCAGCCCUGAGGGGCCGCCGGGCACGGCGGUAACGGGGCCUGAUGGCCGGAGCGGGGCUGCUGCCCUCCCUGCCCACGCUGACCGUGCUCGUUCCCCUCCUGUCCCUGGCAGGCCUGUUCUACUCGGCCAGCGUGGACGAAACCUUCCCCCAGGGCUGCACCAGCACAACCAGCCUGUGUUUCUACAGCCUCCUCCUUCCUGUUACAGUGCCAGUUUAUGUGUUCUUUCACCUGUGGACCUGGAUGGGGAUUAAGCUUUUUAGGCACAACUAAUGUGAUGCCUUUGCAAACCCCUGGGCUUCUCUAAAUCAGCGUAAUUUGUUUAAUCUCAUUAACAUCUCAAGUAUUGCAGUUCAUUUGAGAGAGUUUCCUUCUGGCACUAGUGACUGGCAUAAUUUUCCUGGUAGGAUCUGGAACGGUAUGAAGCAGCAGCCCAUUGUUAACUACUGCUAAUGCAGAUAAAGAGUAAGAGUAAUAAGCACUAAUUCUCUCCGUUUUAUCCAUUCAAGAGUGCUGUGCAUUUGUAGUAGCACUAGUUAAACCCUUAGUUGUCAUGAGGAAAAACUGUACCCUGACUGAAUAAACAAAAUUGAAACUAAAA